AUGGCUGAAGUUAUAACGAAUCCAACUCCAUCGAGUAUUCCAAAUUUCUCAGUCGUUAUAACAGAAAUGCACCAAAUAUUCAAAGAGAAAAAAAUAGGAGCAAUACUAGAAGACCAUACAAGUUCUUGGACCGAAGCGAAAUCUGUUCGUAAAACGGCGAGCGUGCUAACACCCUUCACUUCCAGUUCAGCCCCGGAGGUUCGUCUCCCAGUCCAGAGACCUAAUCAAACAAUACAUGUACUGACGCCUACUAUGGUGCCCAUCUCUGCUGCGACCAUCCAACACGCUCUCAGGAAUUUACGACCUGUGCAACAUCCAGAGGAUUUUCCCGCUGUUACUAGUAGAUCUUGUCUUUUGAGUCCUGUAACGUCACCACUAACUUCACCUCGAGCGACGAAGAGAGUCACAUCGGAUCAAAUACCGCCAUUUCGUCCAGCACCGUCAGCGAUCCCUCCAUCUCCAGUGUCCCACGGAGUUCUAACGGAUCAAGUAUCUCCAUUCGAUCCAGCAAUGGCGCCGACCCCUUCAACUCGAACACCAAAAAGUGUUACAAAGGAUCAAAUACCAAUAUUCAGUCCCGCACCGUCACCUCGAGCACUGAAAAGUGUUGCAACGGAUCAAGCACCAUCACCAAGGUUUUCUAUCAGAUCAUCCAAAAGUUCCAUUACAAGUGACGAUUCGGAAAUCUUGAAUAGUAGCUUUGAUGUGUUGAGAAGUAUCCGAAGAUCUCGGGAACUUACUCGAUCUGUGGCGGCAUAUCUAAGGUCUAUCAGUGUUGAUGUUGAACCUCCACCGGAACAAGAGUAUGCCCCAACCAGCGAAUCACAGUAUGAGUUUUAUCAACCCUAUCUGGAACAGGAUAUAAACAGCAUCCGUCCGGGAGAAGGACAUGAACCGACCCAAGAAGAAAGGGCAACCCCUCAACCAUCCGAUGUAACCACCCAAAGGGUUGAAAGCUUUAAUUCUGGUGAUCGAUCCAGGGUAACGCCGACAAUACUUGAACAGAUAAUCGAAGCCAAAAAGAAUCUAAAGCCCGUCCAUGGAAAUGCGGACCAAAGACACUGCAACGUUGUAGAGAUAAGUAAUGAAGAACACUCGGAGUUACAAAAGGACCAGUCAAAGAAGAAGAAGAAAUCGAGGAAAUUUCGAUUAUUAUGCUGUUUCCGAUCUCCGCAAGUUGAUGAGUAA